AUGAAUAGCAAAGAGGUUAAUUAUCUUAUAUGGAGAUAUCUUCAGGAAUCAGGCAAAACAAGCACUAUUUUAUUUUUUAUAAUAAAAAAAAUAGGUUUUGAACAUACAACAUUUACAUUUCAACAUGAAUCAAGUGCACAUUUAGCAGAUACCAGCUGGGCACGUGAAGUUUCAGCAGGUGCUUUGAUUAAUGUUCUGCAAAAAGGACUUCAAUAUAUGGAAGUUGAAGCACAUGUUGAUAAAAAUGGGAGUAUGAGGCGUUGUGUGCUUCCUUUUUCAUUGAUUGGGAGACAUUUCUGUGAAAAUAAUGAAACAGUGCUACCAGAAACUUUAGGAGACUCGGAUUUACAUGGACGUGAAAAACAAGCUCUUUCUAAUAGUUUGGAUGAAGGUGUUCAUAGGAUGGAACAGAAGGAUUUGAAUAUUUCUAUAGAAGUAAAUGAAGUUGAUGGAUCAAAGGAGAUUAAGGAACUUAAUGAAUCUUCAGAGACAAAAGAACAAACAAGAACAAUGGGGGAAACAAAAUCAUUUGGAUUACCAGAAUUGGCGGGGGAAAUGGGCCAUGUAGAUCUACUAAAGUCAGGAGUGUCUUUGCCAGAUAGUUCGUGGCCGAUAAGGAAAAUAGAAAAAGUGACUCUAUUACGUGGUCAUAAAAAGAAUAUUUUUAUUGGUGCAUGGAAUCCAGUUCAUUUAAAUGUUGUUGCUACAGCAUCGGCUGAUGCUACAGUAAGAAUCUGGGAUUUAUCAGAAAAAAAUCAUAUGUAUGAUCUUUUAGCUAGUGUUGUAUUAAAUGCAGUUCCUUGUCUUAGUGAAAGUAAAGAUAUUACAUCUAUAUCAUGGGAUAAUUCUGGUAAUUAUAUAGCAGCAGGAUCAUACGAUGGUCAAGUUCGUAUAUGGAACUUAGAUGGGACUUUGAAAUAUUUACUAACAGCACAUCACGGUCCUAUUAUGGCAAUAAAGUGGAAUAGUAAAGAUAGUUUGUUACUUACUGCAAGUUGUGAUAGUUUUGUUAUUGCAUGGAAUAUGUUUGAUGGUACUUUAAAGCAUGUUUAUGAUAAAAGACCUUGUGCUGUAAUGGAUGUUGAAUGGAUUAGUGAUGAAGCAUUUGCAUCGAGUGGAAAAGAUGGGUCCUUGGAUUACUGGUCUAUAGAAAAAGUAGAAUUAUUAAGAAGGUGGGAAGGUCAUUCUAAAGAAAUUAAUAGUAUUAAAUUUAAUUCAUGCAAUAAUUUACUUCUUUCGUGUUCGGAUGAUUUCACUGUAAAGAUUUGGUCUUUAGAUAUAUCAUCCCCACAAAAAAUAUUUUUAGGGCAUUCUAAAAGUGUAAUUUCAGUUCAAUGGAAACCUCAACAAAAAAAUGAUAAAACGAUUAUAUUUGCAUCUUGUUCAUUAGAUGGUACAAUAAAAAUUUGGAAUACUACACAAUCAUCACCUUUACAUUCUUUGUCACAUAAUUGGGCUUUUUUUACAAUUUCAUUUAAUCCUAGUGGAGAUAUAUUAGCAGCGGGUACUAAAGAUGGUUCUGUAAUUUUGUAUGAUGUAAAAGAAGGUUAUUUAUUCGCUGAGUAUAACAAAACGUCAGAUAAAGAUUCAAAUAAAAAUUCAGUUAUUGAGCAAGUUUUUGAUAUUUCAUGGUCAAAAAAAGGAGACCAGAUAAUUGUAUGUAGAGCUAAUUGUAACGCUGAAGUUAUUUGUUGGGAUCAAGUGGUUAACUCUUUGUUAUAA